AAUUUCUCAUUAAAAUCAUCUGAUAAAUAGCGACUGACACGCAGCUAUUUUAUCAUUGCUGAAUACUUGUUACAACUAUCACUUGUGUCAGUAUUUUCAUUUGUGGACAUGGGAGGAACACUAGUGCUCAGGACAGCGGUGCUGUUGUUUGCGUGUAUUGCUUCGGCAAAGGCGGCUAAAAAUUGCGAUAAGAAUUUUCCAAAUGAUUGUCCAUCGGGCCAAUUUUGUGCACCUCCAGGCAAUUCUGAGAAUCCAAGUCAAUUUAAAUGCUUCAACUGUCCGUGUAACAUUACCCCACAACAAUGUUUCUUAAACGGAGAUGGCAAUGUAGAGUGUGAUUGUGCUGGAUCAGGAUUCACAGGGCCAACGUGUUCAACAGAUAUUGAUGAAUGCACCGAUGGAUCCAACAACUGUAGUGCGAACGCACAAUGUACGAAUACCCAAGGAGGCUUCACCUGCGCGUGUAACGCCGGAUUCAGCGGAAACGGAGUAACAUGCAACGACAUCAACGAAUGUACAAGCUCUCCAUCACCGUGUGACACAAAUGCCUCGUGCCAGAAUAGCUUUGGAAGUUUCUCCUGUACCUGCAAUACAGGCUAUACUGGAACUGGGACACCCGGCAACUGCGCUAAUGUUAAUGAAUGCGUCACACUUGAUCCAGCCUGUCCUACAGGAUACGCUUGUCAGGACACAACACCAGGAUUUUGUUGUAAUCCUGCUGCUUAAAUCCAGAACAUGCACCAGGACUAUUCCCCGGACAGACACCGCUUCAACACUACCGACAUAUCCACUGAUAAAAUUUAUGAUCUUCUCCCUUUCUCUCUAUUUAUAACAUUUAUCUUUAUGACUGCAUUAAAUGCAUAAUUUCAACAAUUUUGUUUAGAAUGUUGUAGUAGUAAAGGGAUCGGUUUGACGUCCCCCCUUUACUACUUGUUGUUAUAAAGUUAAAUGUUAAAUUGAUGUCGACAUUGCUUUCUUUAUCUUUCCUCAGCAUCCAAAAAUAAAGUUUAAAUCAAACUUA